AUGAAAACUUUGAAAUUUUACAGGAUAGUUUUCCUUGGAUUCUUAGGACUUAGCCUUGCAACAACUGGAUUUGACGCCAGUCAGGCCGUGUCGGCCAGCCAGUUCCAGUGCUUGUGGAACAACGGGUACAGAUUUUUCAUUGCUCGCGUCUACAAAAGCUACGGCGCUGUUGAUUACACUGGGAUUCAAAACAUCAAGAAUGCCAAUUCUGUUGGAUGGGUGUACACUGACGGGUACAUUUUCCCAUGCCAUUCAUCAAGUUGCAAGGGUGCUAAACAACAAGUCGCAGAUGCAGUUAGUGCAAUGAGAAAUUCUGGAGCUAAGUUUGGUAUGGUUUGGAUCGAUGUUGAGAUCUACAACUGGGGAAGCAACAAAAACUAUAACAGACAGUUCAUACUUGACAUGGUCAAUGAGGUCAAGGCUCUUGGUAUCAAACCAGGAAUCUACUCAAAUAACAACAACUGGGCAUCAAUUGUCGGCAGCUGGACCGGUGUAAGUGACUGCCCGUUAUGGUGGGCCAACUACAACAAUGACCCAGGAUUCGGCAGAUUCGUUCCAUUCGGAGGAUGGAGCAAGCCAGCAAUACACCAGUACGCUGGAGACGUCAGUGGACCAUGCUCAGUCGGCCUGGACCUCAACUAUUAUUAA